CAGUUCCCCAAAGCUUGUCUUCACCUGCGGGCGGAAGCACUGCAAGGAGGAAACCAGUCUAACUUCCCUAGGGAGGGACUCGCAGGCGCUCCCUUUCUGCCUGGCUGGGACCCCCUAGGGCGGAACCCGCUUCGCCUGCCUGCCUUCGCCCCGCCUGGCCCCGAUCGCGACUCCUCCUGCGCGCCGCCCCGGCUUCGAGGGCGAGCGAGCGCGGCUGCCUCCUCUCCGCCUUCGCGGCCCGCCUUUUCGUGCUGCUUCCGCGCCGCGCUCGACUCCAGGUGGGCGCUCGUCGGGGCUGCCGCCACCGGUGGUAGUGGACUGCUUCCCUGCCCGCCUCCUCCGGAGACACCUUCCGUCCAGCCCCGGAGCAGGCUGCGACGGGCGCGAUGGAGCUGGAGAGGCUGCGCGCCGAGGAGGAGCGGGCAACCCGGUCCCAGGAGGAAGAGGAGGGAGGGCGGAAGCGUGCGGCCUGUCUGAGCUGCGACGGCCUCUACGCCACGGUGUCCAAGUGGAUGCUCCCGGAGGAUUCCCGGGCCACCUAUCUGGAGAGAGCCAACUGCAUCCCUCCGCCCCUCUUCAUCCUGGGCAUCAGCGUGGCUGAGGUGGCCGUGUUCAUUUAUUACGCAGUUUCGAAGCCCCAGAGUCAGUGGCUCACCCUAGACUGGGAAAGCAACCAGAACAGUCCUUUUAUUUACAGGCCUGACAAAAGGAAGGAAGCCUGGAGAUUCUUGUCUUACAUGCUGGUGCAUGCUGGCAUUGAGCAUAUCUUAGGAAACCUCUUCCUGCAGCUUCUCUUGGGGAUCCCCCUAGAACUGGUUCACAAAGGUCACAGAGUUGGGUUGGUCUAUAUGGCAGGAGUGCUUGCAGGUUCCUUGGCAAGCUCAGUCUGUGAUCCUCUCCAGGGCCUGGUAGGAGCAUCAGGAGGAGUCUAUGCUCUCAUAGGAGGAUACUUCAUGAAUAUUCUAGUGAACUUCCGAGAAAUGAUUCCGCUGUUUGGAGUUGUCAGAUUACUCUCCAUACUCCUCAUAGUUGGAACUGAUGUGGGAUUUGCUUUGUACAGAAGAUUUAUUCCAGAUAAGUCUGCGCCUCAGAUGCUCCUCCCUCCUUCAAGGGCUGAAUCCUUCUGCUCUUCCUGCUGUCGGCCUUUGGGACUGUAUGGUUUACCUGCAGCCUUCCUUCUUGCUCUCUCUUCUUCCUCUCUGGCACCUUGCACAGGGUUAGAAUGAAGAAAGGCCUAUCCUGCGGGUCCAGCCCAGUGGCUGCCUUGGAGCUUCAAAUAACACUGGAAGGAAGCUUGAGGGGAUCUUUGCAUGCUGCAAGUUGCAGAGGAAAGUGGGUGGGUGAGGAAGCCUGAAGAGAAGGCACUCGGUCGCAAGUGGCUGCAUGCUCUGUGGGAAGCGACGUUUGGUCUUGAGUCAGCCUGGCAAUGCGUAGGAAGGAAAUCAGCAUGUUUUCUUGAUCCACGCAGAGCAGAAAGGGGGUCCCCAACUUGGGGGGGGGGGUCUGUAGAAUGUGCCUGGGAAGGGAGACCUGGCUUCCAGCAGCAACCAAGACAACUAAAAGCAGUUUCUACUAGGGGGUGGGUGCGGGGCAUGUGUGGCUCACUCUGAGGUGGGUGCCUCUCUCUAGCAUUUGUUGUGGGGUCCUCCUGCCUCACCUUUGCAGUCUCCAGACGGUUCCCCUUUUAUGUGGGUUCCCUGGGAGGAAUUCAGUAUCCCCCUGUUGCAUCAGUGCAAGCAUUUCUCCUUGCCAGGAGUCUCCUCCACCCCCAUGUUGUCCUG